UGGGUGUGGUGUCUGAUCUAAAGUAGAAAAGCCGUGUGCGCGUGUGUGUGUGUGUGCACCUGACAUUCCCAGACCGGUGGAGCAGCUUUGCGUAUGGACAAAGCAGUGUCCCGCGAUCAACUUUAUCCACUAGGCUAUGUGUGUGUGUGUGUGUGUGUGUGUGCGUGCGCGCGCGCGUGUGUGCGUGUGUUAAUGGGUGAAGGACUCGCAGAGUGCCAACCAGCAUCUGGGAAGGACAAAUUCAGAAGCAUGGAUGUGAAGAACAUGCGAGAAUACAUGGGCUGGCUGUACUACCAGUAUCUCCUCAUCACAGGCAUCUACGUCCUGGAACCAUGGGAGAAGUCUAUCUUCAAUACGGUGCUCUUCACCGUGGUGGCCAUGGUGGUCUACACUUCCUAUGUCUUCGUGCCCAUCCACGUGCGCCUGGCACUGGAGUUCUUCUCAGGACUGUGCGGGGAACAGCCAGAGAGUACUGUAGCGCUUAUGAACUAAAAAACUGACGGGGAAAUGGAGUUUUUUUUUUUCUUUUUCUUGUUUUAGAGUUUUUCGUCUCUUUUCUCAGGAAGAUUCAGGAGUGAUAAAAGAAAAAAAUGCAACAUGAAAAGCCAUGUCCAAACUGUCUUCUCCUUUCCUAUGUGACAUGAUGGUGUCGGACGGACCCUGAAUGAGUGCUCAUGUUUUGCAUGACAGGACCAAUCCGUCACUUAUGAUCGUUUGCAUGUGGCUGCUUCGCCAUUGGUUUUACCCAUUAUACAUUUCUGCAAUAUGCCUGCGAGACAAAGUGUGCAUUACUUCCUCUCGUAGAUGUCCGUUUCUUUACAAACAUGUCAAUCUUAUUUGAAUUCCUGUUUGUAUUCACAUUCCCUAUGCAAUGAGGCUGCUCUGAGUGCAAAAAUAAUGUUAGCUGAUGUAAUAUUGAUCAUCGUGUAUGACUCCUGGUAAGUUAAAUCCACCUGAGCAAUAGUUGAACUUCUUCCUUGUGAUAUAAUCUCUUAUUGUUCAAGCAUGACACCUGAAGUUUUAUAAACUACACUCGAGUGACCUGGUAUGCAAAGAAAGCUUCUUGGCUCAACAAACUGUCUUCCGUCCUGUACCGAACAGUGCAUGCAUUCACAUUUAGAUUGAAGGAUUAUUAUCACCUCGACCAAUCGACACACACCCUUCAUUUAUGCGUCGUUAUUUUGUCUGUUUAUAUAUGAUGUAUCUAUCUAUCUAUCUAUCUAUAUAUAUAUAUAUAUAUAUAUAUAUAUAUAUAUAUAUAUAUUUAUCUACAGAAUACUGGAAUACUGAAUACUUGGCUGGUUACAAUGUCAGUAAGCAACCGUUUUGUACACUUUUGCGUGCUCUUUAUGCCAUACACGUAUUUUAUGAAUGUUUAAUUUGGAAAUCAUAUUGUGUUUUAUUUCUGGAGACUAUAUAUAGAAUAUAGAGUCACAGAUGUCAUGCCAUUUUAUAGGACAUUUCAUAGAUUCUGCUAUGUAUACGGACAUGAUAGAUUUCGUCAGUGAAUGUUCCUUUUUUUUAUUACACAAAGUUGAUUUUUCACAAAUAAAGUAAUUUUACAA